GUUUUGCUGGCAGAGGAGGGGGAUGAGGUCUACAGGAUGACCGAGAAGUUUUACCAGCUCCACCCAUCAAUGCCACACAAAACAAACACACCUCAACCAUUCGUUAGUCUGGGGUGUUUUCAGGAUGCAGAGGGGUCUCCAGCUUGGUCUGCUGCUUCUGGUCGUCCAUCUCUUUCAGGAGGGUCUGGGUAACAUCCCAUUGGUCACCCUGUCCGUCCUGAUUUUUAAUGUGUAUCUCUACAUGUUUCCUGCUGCUCCACUAGUGAAGGUAACCACCAGUUUGACAUUGUGGGGUCUCUCUGACACGAUCUCUGUGGUUACCAACCUGGCAGGUAUCCUGGUGGGUCUGAUGUACACUGUGGGUCCACUGGAGACCAUCAUGAAGUCAUGUGCAGGUUUUGUGUCUUCAGGCAGAAAUGAUCGACACUCAAGUUCUUACUUCAGCUCUUCAGGAUCUGUGCAGCUAAAAAUCAGUAUGAAUGAGGAAAAUAAGAUCAAAAAUGCUAAUUUUCAUUCAUGUUAUUUUUUAGGACGAGCCAUGCAGUUUGAGCGCUCUAUUGAAGAGGAGAUGAGACUUCAGGAGCUCAGACAAAACAGAUUAAGGAGGUUGGAACAAAUGUCAAACCAAAAGAAGAGAAGACUUUAAAUAUGGACUGAGUUCACUUUUACAUGAACUUUAGUUGUCAGUCUCUUAUGCACAGUAUUCCCAUGCAGCAUUUACCACUGGAUAUUGUUUGGGUUUUCCAUAUUGUUUUAUAAUUUUAUCUUCUUUUACUGACUGUUUUUGUUCCUGCAAUAGUUUUGGUUCUGCUGAUGAAUGCAAGAAAUGCACAAGAUUUCCUACUCAUUCUCUAGAAAGAUGCCCAUGUUUGAGCUGGGGAAGGUUUUUGUCAGGGCCAAUACUUAAAUGUUAUGUAUUUGCUUAUGUAGUCAUUUAAAGGUUUUGCUUCUAUGUAAACAAGACCAACCAUAGAAAGGCUGAUUGCAAGGAAAUCCAUAUAUAAGGAAACAUGACAGACAUUGUUUUUCCACAGACUUUGCAGCCAUAUUUUAUAUUGUUAAAGUAUGCCUAAAGGUUCAUGUGGUUUGU